AACGCGCCAACCAAUCUCUCCCUCCACUUCCGGAAAGCUGUGUUUUCUCACUCCACUAGCUCGCUUCCCGCGCGGCAAUUGUUCUGCUUCUGGCCUGUAAUCGCGGCGCUGCUCUUCUUCCUCUAAGUUCUUCCCUUCCGCUGAUUUUCUUCUUUUGGAUUUCGACGGCGAACUGAGAGGGAGAAGGAAUGGUUUCCAUGGGUGACUGUUUCGGCGGUGCGGUUCGAUUAGCGGAGGACGACGCGACCACCGAUUUUCCCGACGGCGAUACUCAGCGUUUAGAUUCUCAAUGGAGUUCGCCUUCCUCAUCAGGCGGAAAAGGUGGCUAUGAUGAUGGCGACUUGUAUAUGGGGACAAGAAAGGUUUCGUUUGAUGAUACUCUUCUGGUUGAAGAUGUUUUUGAGACCCAAGUUGUGAACUAUGGGGAUGAAACACAAGUACUGGAUGAUGCUGAUCUAGAUUUGCUUGGGAGUACAUGCACCAGGAGGAUUGAUGAUGAGUUCAGUGAUCGAGUGUCUCUCGAUAGUGAUGGUGAAGUGAGAAGACUGUUCUCUACUGAUUCUGUUGCUAAAGAUGGUGAUCUCUGUCAUAAUAGUAGCAUCCUUGAUGGAGCAAAAGACAAUGCACGACCAACCACUAUUAAUGUGGAGUUUGCAGGGUUAAGUUAUGCAGACUCGCAAGAACCUGGUGAUGCAUCACAAGCUGAUGCUCUCGCAUUUGUGGAAAGGUUAAUUGAGGAGACCAAAUCCUCAUUCGAUGUUGAAUCUGAUUCCAAAAUAGUACUUCAGAAGUUCAAGAUAGCUGAAAGCAAAACUAGGAGAAUUCUGAAGAAGACCAGAAAAGAUCUUCUGAAUGAGUUGCAUGACCAGGCUAAUAGGAAAAAAUUAACCGGACCUCGUGAAGACAUCACUGUUGCUCCAGAUUUUUCCGAUGCUGGAUUGGGCACCCAAUUAGCUGCUGAAGCCAUGAGGGAAUUGUUGAACGGGGACCCAGUUCCUGACUUUGAUGGUAAUGAUGCCAAGGAAAAGCAUUCUGUGGAACAGUCUCUAAUGAGAAAAGCUAAAAGGCGUGCUUCUUCAAAGCAACAUGCUUCUUGUGAUCCUUCUGAGAUUCAAGUUGACACAACGCAGUCAAAGAAAAGAAAGACCCAGUUAAAAGUUGCCGAUGCCAUGGAAUCCAAGGAACAAAAAGAGUCUCCGAUAAGAAAAGCUAAAAGGAAAAUGUCUUCAAAGAAAUGUAUUUUUCGAAUUGGUUUUCAGCCGAUCGAGAGAGUUGGAAGAUCUGCUCUGAAGGAUGACACACUCAUCGAAGACCUGUUGGUUCUAUCCAGCAAUGAAGAUUACGAAGCCUGCAUUCCUUUCCUCGAGAGAGGGGCCGCUGUCUACGGUUCAGAGCUGCUCCUGAAUGGAAUCGUUACGAAGAAACUAGAAUACGACAGGCAUAGGCUCUUUUUGGAUAAUGUGAAGAGAACCAGGUCUACUAUAUGGGUUAAUAAAGAUGGCCACAGUUACACUCCUGUUGUGAUGAACAAGUAAGACCCUAGGUCUGUUCUUAUUUUCUGCUUUCCUAGGGUUGUAAAUCACUAAAUCUUAUGGUUCCUGUUCCAUUUGAAAAGAACAGUGAUGUUGGUAUAUAAAUACAACUAACAAAGUGGUCAUUAUAUAUUUUUAACAAAUUUGUUACUGAUGUUUGCAC